AUGGAGGGUUCCACCGAGGAGGAACACAAAGAGAAACUACUGUGGAACGUUAAACGAGAGGUGAAGCAGAUUAUGGAGGAGUCGGUGACUAAGAAAUUUGUCCACGAAGACAGCAGCCACAUCAUUGCUUUGUGCACUGCCAUCGAGGCCUGCUUCACUCACCUGCUGAAGAGACGGGCGGCCGGUUUCCUCCGCAGCGACAAGAUCGCCGCCCUCUUCACCAAAGUCGGUAAAGUCUACGACACGGCCGGAGACGUCUGCCGCAAAGUGCAGGAGCAGCUCCAGCAGCAGUCCGAGCUCACCAGGAGAACCCAGAGCGUCGGCCACGAGCCCCUGAGGAGACAGGGCUCCUCCACCACCAGCCGGCCUCCUCAGCCGCUCUCCGCCCAGGCCAUCAAACACAUCUGGGUCCGGACGGCGCUGUUCGAGAAAGUCCUGGACAAGAUCGUUCAGUACAUCGUGGACAACUCCAGUAAAUACUAUGAGAGGGAAGCUCUGAUGCAUGACUCAGUGUUCGGUCCCAUCCUGGCAGCCCUGCUGGUGGGACCCUGCGCUCUGGAAUACACCAAACUGAAGACGUCGGAUCAUUUCUGGACCGACCCUUCAGCCAACGAGCUGGUUCAGCGCCAUCGUAUCCACGGAGCCCACCGGGGCCAGGACACCUCGUCCGGCCGCCGGCCCGCUCUCGGGAUCCGUAAGAGGCAGUCGAGCGGCAGCAUGUCAGAGGACCGGUUUGCUGCUUCAGCGAGAGAGUACGUGGAGUCUCUGCACCAGAACUCCAGAACACACCUGCUCUACGGCAAGAACAACGUCCUGGUGCAGCCGAAGAAGGACAUGGAGGUGUUGCGGGGCUACUUGUCGCUCCACCAGGCCGGGGAAAACCUCACCCUGAAGUGGACGCCCAACCAGCUCAUCAACGGCACGCUGGGAGACUGUGACCUGGAGAAAAGUAUCUACUGGGACUACGCACUGACUGUCCCUCUACGCCAGAUAGUCUGCAUCCACUGUCACCAACGCCCUGAUUGUGGUGGAACGCUGGUUCUGGUCAGUCAGGAUGGAAUCCAGCGGCCUCCUCUCCACUUCCCCCCCGGUGGUCACCUGCUGGCUUUCCUCUCCUGUCUGGAAACGGGCCUUUUACCGCGGGGUCAGCUGGAGCCCCCCCUCUGGUCCCAGAGAGGCAAGGGAAAAGUGUUCCCUAAACUGAAGAAGAGGAGCAGCAAUGCCCGACUCCUCGACCAGGACAGGAACGGCGAGGAGGAGACAGCCGCCGACUAUGUGUUUCGCAUCGUCUACCCCGGAUACCGCCAAGACGCCACAGUCACCAUAAACUACCACCACACCACGGGCAGCCGCGCUCCGUCGCUGGACGACGACGAGGAAGAGGAAGAUAGGCUCCAUGCUAUGAUCUCAAUGAUCUGCUCGCGGAACCUCACAGACCCUAAUGUCAUGAAAGACCACGGGGAGAUGAUUGAGAUGCAGGGUUUCGGAGGCAGCCCGUCGUCGUGGCAACAGGCCGAAGCAGGCGCUCUCGAACCUCUGUGCCUGUCCUGCUCCACGGCCGGCAGCGAGUUGUCGUUGGACUACCCGGGCGGCUGCACCUGCAUCCACAACUCAUCAGACAUUCACACUAUUCCUCUAAAGAUGCUCUGCCAGAACAUGAAGAGGCAGAUCGUCUCCAGAGCCUUCUAUGGAUGGCUGGCCUACUGCCGUCACCUGUCCACCGUGCGGACUCACCUGUCGGCUCUGGUCAACCACAACAUCGUCCCUCCAGACCGACCCUGUGAGGCGUCGGGGGGGCUCAGCAAGGAGGUGUGGAGCAAAUACCAGAAAGACUGCAAGAACUAUAAGGAGCUGGAGCUGCUGAGGCUGGUUUAUUACGGAGGUGUGCAGCACGACAUCAGGAAGGAGGUGUGGCCUUUCCUGCUAGGACACUACAAGUUUGGAAUGGGCAAAAAGGACAUGAGCCAGAUUGAUGCAAAGAUCAGCGAGCGCUACCAGCAGGUGAUGCGUGAGUGGAAGGCCUGCGAGGUGAUCGUCAAGCAGAGGGAGAAGGAGAUGCAGUCAGCCAUCUUUGCCAAGCUCUCGUCGGGCAGCAGCAUCGACAGUCACGUCCUGAGACUCGUCCACAGAGACUCCACGCUCAGCAACGAGGUGUUCAUGUCUGUGGACGAGCCGGACGCAGGGAGCCAGGAGACCCCCAGUGGAGAGGACGGCACCCCCACCAUGACCACCCUAGUUCCCCCCGCAGCCCCGCCUGCAGAGGAGCGCCCUUUGGUGGAGUUCGACUCCCCCGACUCGGGUCUCCCCUCCUCCAGAAACUACUCAGUGACCUCUGCUCAUUCCCAGAUCCUGUCCAGCAUAGACGACGGUCAGAGCACGGAGGAGGAAGGGGGGGGCGGGGAGGAGGGCCGGACGCCGGGUGUGAUGGGGGGCUGCAUGGGUCCUCUGACGGAGGACCGGCUCUGCAGUCAGCUGGACAAACUGGUGACCAACGGAGCUGCUGCAGAGGCCGUAUCACCGUCACUCUCCUCAUAUACGAUCGAGCUACUGGACACGGUCGCCCUCAACCUCCACCGGAUAGACAAAGAUGUGCAGCGCUGCGACCGCAACUAUUAUUACUUCACCACGGCCAACCUGGAGAAACUACGCAACAUCAUGUGCAGCUAUGUGUGGGAGCAUCUCGAGAUCGGCUACGUUCAGGGCAUGUGUGACCUCCUCGCUCCGCUCAUGGUCAUCCUGGAUGAUGAGUGUCUGGCCUACAGCUGCUUCACUCAGCUGAUGAAGAGGAUGACUCAGAACUUCCCAAACGGCGGAGCCAUGGACACUCACUUUGCCAACAUGAGGUCACUGAUCCAGAUCCUGGACUCGGAGCUGUUUGAACUCAUGCAGCAGAAUGGAGAUUACACUCACUUCUACUUCUGUUACCGCUGGUUCCUGCUGGACUUCAAGAGAGAGCUUCUGUACGAGGACGUGUUUGCGGUGUGGGAGGUGAUCUGGGUGGCUUCCAGGAUUUCCUCGCGGCACUUUGUUCUCUUCCUGGCCUUGGCGCUGGUCACAGUUUACCGUGAGAUCAUCAUGGACAACAACAUGGACUUCACCGACAUCAUUAAGUUCUUCAAUGAGAUGGCCGAGCGUCACGAUGUCCAAAACAUCCUGAAGGUAGCACGAGAGCUGGUGCACAAAGUCCAGUCUCUGAUGGACAACAAGUGA